AUGAUUUUGAGUCGUGGCUCUCGUAGGCUCUGUUGCAAAUUGCACAAUACUAGACUCCGUACGCACCGGCGCAUCAAGGAAAUAGCCUCGUGGGUACCCCCGCGCGUUGCGCAAGCAGCCUCCGGGGCAGCACCCCCCUUCGCGCGCGCAUCAAGGACAGCAUCGCAAGCAGUGGUCAGGCGACGCCGUCGCCGCGGUCGCGGUUCGGAUUCACGCCGUCGACACGCUGCUGAGGCGCGCCUGGAAGCCCCUAUGCGAAGGGGGCUGCAAUCUAUCUCGCGCUGGCGGGCCCGCGGAGGCGGCGUGACGUCUCAUCCCGCGCAGGCGAAAAGCGCAGAUGGCAGAACCUGGGCCUGGCAGCCCGUCAGACAGCUGCCACCUUGUCUCCGCUGAGAGCCUCACUGACCAUGGCGCGGGGUUCCCGUUCGGAGAGUCGGUACGGAACGCAAACAUCUACUCGGUCAGGCUGUUAGGGAUGAAACCGGGAGGCCUUCCUAAGCACAGCUUCAAGUUAAUGGUCGGCCUCGACGAGCCGGAGCGACUUAGUGGGUUGGAGAGGGACGCGUUCACGCGGGCCUAUUUCGCGACGCUUAAAUUCCGUGAGGGCAUCUUGACCAUCGGCCAGGACGGAGAACCUACACUGCAACGAAACACGUCUAUCAUGCUCAAGGCGGCGGGAGUCUUGGAAAAAACUUAUGUUAUCAUCGCCAUCCAGUUCUUGGGUACGUUGCCCGAAGUGCCAAUGCUCGGCCCUCCACUUCGGGAGUACUCUCUCCCGACAACACCGAUUUCGCGAUUAGUACAGGACCCAAGAUACAACCCAAGACCUCCGGUGUAGGUUUCAGACACGUCGGCAGCGCUCCUCGGGGACGGAGGUCACCCCGAUUAGGAAGCGCGCCCCUGAGUAAAAUAUAAAUACGA